CCCGGACCAUGGCCGACGACGACGUGCUGUUCGAGGACGUGUACGAGCUCUGCGAGGUGAUCGGCAAGGGUCCGUUCAGCGUCGUGCGGCGAUGCAUCAACAGGGAGACAGGGCAGCAGUUCGCUGUGAAGAUCGUCGAUGUAGCAAAAUUCACUUCAAGUCCUGGAUUAAGCACAGAAGAUCUGAAGAGAGAAGCCAGUAUUUGUCACAUGCUGAAGCAUCCUCACAUUGUUGAACUGUUGGAGACAUACAGCUCAGAUGGAAUGCUUUAUAUGGUCUUUGAGUUUAUGGAUGGAGCAGACCUGUGUUUUGAAAUUGUGAAGAGAGCAGAUGCUGGAUUUGUCUACAGCGAGGCUGUAGCCAGUCAUUACAUGAGACAGAUACUGGAAGCUCUACGUUACUGUCAUGAUAAUAAUAUAAUUCACAGGGACGUGAAGCCACACUGUGUACUGCUUGCCUCAAAAGAAAAUUCAGCCCCAGUAAAGCUUGGUGGCUUUGGGGUAGCAAUUCAGUUAGGAGAGUCUGGGCUAGUUGCUGGAGGACGUGUAGGAACACCUCAUUUUAUGGCUCCAGAAGUGGUAAAAAGAGAACCAUAUGGGAAGCCUGUAGACGUUUGGGGUUGUGGUGUGAUCCUUUUUAUCCUGCUAAGCGGUUGUUUGCCUUUCUAUGGAACCAAGGAAAGAUUAUUUGAAGGCAUUAUUAAAGGCAAAUACAAGAUGAAUCCUAGGCAAUGGAGCCAUAUUUCUGAAAGUGCCAAAGAUCUGGUACGCCGCAUGCUUAUGCUGGAUCCAGCAGAAAGGAUAACAGUGUAUGAAGCACUGAAUCACCCCUGGUUAAAGGAGAGAGAUCGCUAUGCAUACAAGAUUCAUCUUCCAGAAACAGUAGAACAGUUGAGAAAAUUCAAUGCAAGACGAAAACUAAAGGGGGCAGUACUAGCAGCUGUGUCAAGCCACAAAUUCAACUCCUUCUAUGGUGACCCCCCUGAAGAGCUGCCAGACUUCUCUGAAGACCCCACCUCCUCAGGACUUCUAGCAGCAGAAAGAGCAGUCUCACAGGUGCUGGACAGCCUGGAAGAAAUUCAUGCACUUACAGACUGCAGUGAAAAAGACUUAGAUUUUCUUCACAGUGUUUUCCAGGAUCAGCAUCUUCACACGUUACUAGAUCUUUAUGACAAAAUAAACACAAAAUCUUCACCACAAAUCAGGAAUCCUCCAAGUGAUGCUGUACAGAGAGCCAAAGAGGUAUUGGAAGAAAUUUCAUGUUACCCAGAGAACAAUGAUGCAAAGGAGCUAAAACGUAUUUUAACACAACCUCAUUUCAUGGCCUUACUUCAAACCCAUGAUGUAGUGGCACAUGAAGUUUACAGUGACGAAGCGCUGAGAGUCACCCCUCCUCCCACCUCUCCGUACCUGAACGGGGAUUCCCCGGAGAGCGCCAACGGAGACAUGGAUAUGGAGAAUGUAACGCGGGUCCGGCUGGUGCAGUUCCAGAAGAACACAGAUGAGCCCAUGGGAAUCACUUUAAAAAUGAAUGAGCUGAACCACUGCAUUGUGGCAAGAAUUAUGCACGGAGGAAUGAUUCACCGGCAAGGUACGCUACAUGUAGGGGAUGAAAUCAGAGAAAUAAACGGAAUCAGUGUCGCAAAUCAAACUGUAGAACAGCUACAAAAAAUGCUUAGGGAAAUGCGUGGAAGUAUUACCUUCAAGAUUGUGCCAAGUUAUCGCAUGCAAUCUUCAUCCUGUGAGAGAGAUUCCCCCUCUACAUCCAGACAGUCCCCAGCUAAUGGUCAUAGCAGCACUAACAAUUCUGUUUCGGACUUGCCAUCGACAACACAACCAAAAGGACGACAGAUCUAUGUAAGAGCACAAUUUGAAUAUGAUCCAGCAAAGGAUGACCUCAUUCCCUGCAAAGAAGCUGGCAUCAGAUUCCGAGUUGGUGAUAUUAUCCAAAUCAUUAGCAAAGAUGAUCAUAACUGGUGGCAGGGUAAACUUGAGAACUCCAAAAAUGGUACUGCAGGUCUUAUUCCUUCUCCUGAACUUCAAGAAUGGCGAGUUGCUUGUAUUGCCAUGGAGAAGACCAAACAGGAGCAACAGGCCAGCUGUACUUGGUUUGGAAAGAAAAAAAAGCAGUACAAAGACAAAUAUUUGGCAAAGCACAAUGCAGUGUUUGAUCAAUUAGAUCUCGUCACAUAUGAAGAAGUAGUAAAGCUGCCAGCAUUCAAAAGGAAAACACUAGUCUUACUAGGUGCACACGGUGUCGGAAGAAGACACAUAAAAAACACACUCAUCACAAAACAUCCGGACAGAUUUGCUUACCCCAUUCCUCACACAACCAGACCUCCAAAGAAAGAUGAAGAAAAUGGCAAAAAUUACUACUUUGUAUCACAUGACCAAAUUAUGCAGGAUAUAUCAAACAAUGAAUAUUUGGAAUAUGGCAGCCAUGAGGAUGCAAUGUAUGGGACAAAACUGGAAACAAUACGAAAGAUCCAUGAGCAGGGACUAAUUGCAAUACUUGAUGUAGAACCUCAGGCAUUGAAGGUCCUGAGAACUGCAGAAUUUGCUCCUUUUGUUGUUUUUAUUGCUGCACCUACGAUUACCCCAGGCAUUAAUGAGCUGCCAAAAUGGUGCAGAAAACUGCCUGAUGAAUCGCUUCAGCGCCUGCAGAAGGAGUCCGAAAUCUUACAGAGAACAUAUGCACACUACUUUGACCUAACAAUUAUCAACAAUGAGAUUGAUGAAACCAUCAGGCACCUGGAGGAAGCCAUCGAGCUUGUGUGUACAGCCUCCCAGUGGGUCCCGGUCUCCUGGGUCUACUAGACCGGGAAUGAGAGAAUUGAGUAGAAAAAAAAAAAAUCUGUCAUUACUGGGAACCACCUCAUACAUGGAAAACCUCUUCGUUAUUGACCUUGUGUCAACAGGUCUUGGCCCCUAGAGACUACCUAGAUGUAGUGUGACCUAAAAUAUAAUUAUUGUCAUGUCCGAAUAGAUAGGAGGAGGGGGAACAAAAGACGAAACACUAAUUUAAAGAGACAGUAUCUUUUUUUUAAUCAUUUCUCCUAAACUUUAAUAAAAUGUAUCUUUAAAUAUAUGUAUUAUUCAGUCCUUUGGAAUGUUAUAUUUUUGGAAAUCAUAGCUUUUUAUUUCAAGGGCCCCUAAAAACUGCACAAAAUAGAUGCUGCUUUCUAUAAUCUAUUUUAAUAGUAAUAAUAAUAUGAUUCUGUUACCUUAACUUGGGGGUGGAACACUACAUUCUUUUUAGAGUCUGAUUUUAUGGAUUGGAAUACUUUGCUUUCCUUUAUUUAUUUGAAGUAAUUAGUCUAGUGGUUACGAAACAAAUUCAUAAAUUUUAAAGGCCUUUUUUUUUCGCGCUUUUUUGUUUUGUUUUUUUUUUCUCUCCUAGGAUAGUAUUUUUAAGUACUUCUGUGUAACAUCCAGGUAAUGUGAUACUGUCUCUUUGAAGAACUCUGUAAAAGUUUUAGAAAUUUGAAAUUGGGUCUUGACUCUUAAUGCAUGUGGACAGUCGCAAGCGUUCAUGCUGUUGGUGUAUCUGUGUUGAUAAAACCUGUAAUCUACAGCAAAGUACAUUCCGUUCAUGGGAACAUGUACCCAAGGGAAUAAAGCAAAAUAUUAUUCUGACUAAGUUGUAAACCUAUGCACAUCCCUUGCAUUUUGGGCAACUUUAUAAAAAAAAAAAAAAAAAAAAGAAAAACUGAUUUUUAUUAAUAAUAAUCAUGUAGUGAAAUGUGUUUGUAAUUUUGUCUCAAUUUAAUUUGUUGUAAGGUGGGAGGGGGCAGUUACUGGUUUCACCAUUUCAGAUCUGUGUUGUCUGAGAGUAUUAACGUUUUAAUUAAGUUGAAGCAAAGAAAUGCUGAUUUUUAAUAUGUAUGUAAUUGUUUAAAGAUGCACACAUUUUAAAAGAAAAUACUGUGCAAUGAAGAAACCAGUUUAGACAUUGCGAUAAACUGACUAUUCCAAAAGACUCAUCUACAACAGCCCUGUAAAUUCCUUUAAAAAUGGUAAUUGACUCUACAGUCUGACCAAUUUUUUUUUAUUUUAAAUAUACUUCCUUUUAUGUGUUCAACAA